AUGUCUCUCACACCUAGUACAUAUUUCUACGGUCUCGAGCCAUCCCCACCGUACCCUAUAAAAAGAAGUCAAGCUUCAGGAAGGUUUCGAGAUGUGCAACCACUGCCAUUAGAAACGGGCUCUCCAUAUCUAAGGAACCCUGUAAUCCAAACUCGAGGCUGCAAAUUCUGCGUGCCAGUACUUUAUUACCCAGCACACUGCGAACUGCAUUUCCACAUCCGCGAAUUCAUUCCUGAGAACAUGCGUUACUGUGGGGAAUGCGGGAAAUUCACGAGAAGUCUUGCGGAGAAGAAGUAUCCAACAGCAAUUAGAGCUGGAAAUGCUGGUUUGAGGCCUGCACCAUUAGAUGUGACGCCGGGUUUGGGUGCCAAUACUUUACCUGUGUUGACGCUUGAGGAUCGUGUAACAAGAAUAGAGGGGAGGGUACGGGAACUCCGUGAAUCAGAUGAACGCUGGCCCAAUUCUAGUUCGCAAUUAGAAUUUACACCAGUAGACGCGGCACCGGUUUUGCUUGCGACCGAUGUACCUGUGGAGGAUGCGCUUAUUGAGCUUAGCGAUCGUAUAAGGAGAUUAGAGGGGAGGACGGUACGGGAACGCGAUGCAAAGGAACGGCUGUCUGGUUCAAGCGGACAACAACCUACAAACACGCCCUCCUCGCAGCACUCCCCAAGAUCGAAAACUGCUCUAUGGGAACUUACAUCGUCCGAUGGCAGAAGUGCUAUAUGUGGAAGGUGUAGUGUGCCGUAUAUGCAACGCUAUGAGGGAGGUCGGAGAAUGCUGAAUACGCGUCGUCCGGGCCAGAAAUUGAGGGUGUGGUAUAAUCGGGAGGAGGAGGAGGAUGAGUGA